UCUGCCAAUUGUACUUUCAGUCAUGAGCUUUGCCCCCUAAUCUGACAGUAGAUAGAUGAUGAAUUGUUGACUUCGCAUGUGAUAGACCUCAGAUUUGUGGAACAGAGAUCUGGGUUAGAAAUGCCAUGCAAACUUGCUCCAAGGAAUUUUAAGAAGUCCAAUUAGGGAUGAGAGUCUGUGAGCCGUGCUGUUCGGGAGGCUGUCUGCCCUGUUGUCGUCAGACGUCAUGAGCUGGAGCUUCCUUACGCGUCUGCUGGAGGAGAUCCAGAACCACUCCACUCCAGUGGGGAAGCUCUGGCUCACCGCACUGGUCGUCUUCCGCAUUGUUCUGACUGCUGUGGGUGGAGAGUCCAUCUACUACGAUGAGCAAAGCAAGUUCGUCUGCAACUCAGGAACGCCGGGAUGCGAGAAUGUCUGCUAUGAUGCCUUUGCACCUCUCUCACAUGUGCGCUUCUGGGUCUUUCAAAUCAUCCUGUCUGCCAUGCCCUCACUCCUCUACAUGGGCUAUGCAGCCAAUAAGAUCUCCCACUCUGAGGAGGUGCAAGGGGGUACGGUCGGUGCCCCAGUGGGUGACCGGGAAGAGGGCAGGUACCCACAGAGGAGGCCCCGGAAACUGUACUUUGGAGUGCAGCAGCACAAGCCAGUGGGUGAGGAUGGUGAGGAGGAGCGUGAGGAUGACCCCAUGAUCUAUGAAGUGCCCGAGAUGGACAGUGGGCAGCAGGAGCUGGUGCCAACGCGGCCCAAGCCCAAGCUGCGGCACGAUGGGAGACGGCGCAUCCGUGAUGAUGGGCUGAUGCGGGUGUACGUCCUACAGCUGCUGACCCGAUCUGCUCUGGAGGCAGGCUUCCUGGCUGGUCAGUACCUGCUGUAUGGCUUCCGAGUAGCACCCGUGUUCGUGUGCUCGGGCAAUCCAUGCCCGCACAGCGUGGACUGCUUCGUUUCACGCCCUACGGAAAAGACCAUCUUCCUGCGCGUCAUGUAUGGCGUCAGCUGCCUCUGUCUACUGCUAAACAUGUGGGAGAUGGUCCACCUGGGAGUGGGGACCAUCAAAGAUGCCCUGCACAAACACCAUGCCCCCACCGCCACUGCCAAGGACGAGUUGCAGCUGAGACUGCUGGAGCGUAGGGGUGUAGCCGUGGGUGUGGGCAGGCCAGUACUUAGUGACGGAGAGCCAGGUGAUGACAGCAGGGGCAUAGUCCGUGAGGCAGACUAUGUUGGUUACCCAUUCUCAUGGAACACGCCUUCUGCGCCACCCGGCUACAAUAUCGAGGUGAAGCCUGAGGCCAUGCCCUACACAGAUCUGAGCAACUCCAAGAUGGCAUGCAAGCAGAACCGUGCCAACAUUGCACAAGAGGAGCAUCAGCAAUAUGGCUCCAAUGAGAACAAUGUCCCCUCAGCCACCGAUGUCAGGCCACCACUGGUCAACAGGGACGUCGUCCAAUUAGAGGCAGCCAUUCAGGCCUACACCCUCCAGCACCAUGCCAAUACCGAUCAUGACAACAACCGUGAUAACAAUGAUAAGCCGCAAAGUAACAUCCCCCAAGCUACACAGAAAGAGAAGAAACAUCGCCUGAAACCCAACCAAGCUGGCAGUGCAGGAAGCAGCAGCAGCAGCAAGUCUGGAGAAGGCAAACCAUCUGUGUGGAUAUGACUCUGCAUGGGCAUGCAUGCAUCCAUAUGGAUUUCUCUAUCAUUCAACAACACCUUGGGCAUUAAUAUACAUACAUACACAAACAUGCAAUACACUUUUGAUAUACACUAAGCUCUCAUAGACAGAGAUUCUGUAGGAAUUUUUGAAACACCUUUCGUGCCUUCAGAUCCAAGGAGCUCUGAAGUAUGAAAGUAUACUUUUGACUGAAAUGCCCAAAUACCUCUGGUAUUACCAAGGUUUUCUCUGGUCUUCCUAUUGUGUUAAGUUCUAUUUGAUCAACUGAACCAUGUGGCUGUUUUAUGUCAGCCACAGUCAAAAAUGUUUUUACUAAACUAUUGACUAAAAAUAUGACAGUGAUAGUGGUUUGGGAAGCUUCAAAUCUUUCUUUGAUUUCUCUUUGGAAUGCCGAUGGAGCUGUUUUCCGAUUCCAAACCAGCUGUCAUCCUUUCUUCAAUUCUAACAGUGACUAUGACAUUAUAAUGCCAAGUUUUAAUGCUGGAACAUUACUUAGCAAUGCUGCAGGUUUUCUGCUGUAAUAAUUGAGAAAAGGUCUUCUGUGGUUGAUAUAAGCAGACAUCCAUGUACACAGAUACGCAGAUACUUUGUCGAAGUAAUAGAGACCUAUAAUAUUGUAUAGCCAUUAUUCAUUUCUCAUACUGCCCCCUCCUGUUUCAAUGUCGCUAUUUCAAUCUAACCAGCUGUAGGGCAUGAGGUAGCCCCAACAGAGUGUGAAUAUGUAGCAUAGCGUAGUCUGUUACAGUAGUUUUAGUUUGUCAGAAUGUCUUUGGGAAUUGCUGCCAUAUGGAGAGAUAUUCUUUCACCAUUAGUAAGGAUUACAGCUGACUAACUCCCUCACAUCAUAGUAUGUUUUAUAAAACAUGCUUUAUGGGCAGUCCUACACAUACAGCCACACACGCAGAGUUCACAUGAGCAUCAUACACUGUGGGAAAGUCUUCUGUUUGUUAUGUAUUGCCACAUUCCAACUUACGAAAUACUUUUUCUUGCCUUUUCUUGGAUGAUACAAUGCACCAGUGUAAAAAUGUUUCGCUGUGGGAGACCAAAUACUGUUUGUCACCAUGGAGACAUCAUGCUGCUAUAUCAUAUCAUACUGUCCAAGGUGAACGGGCCAUAGAACUCCUAUGUGUGUGUGUGUGUGUGUGUGUGUGUGUGUGUGUGUGUGUGUGUGUGU